AUGGAAGUGGAGAUAAAGAGUGGUUGGCAGUUGGAGGGAGUCAAAGUUUAUAUGACUGAAGUGUGUAUGAAAAAGAGGGUCUUAUACAGCAUGAAUGAUGAGACAGAUGGAGUAAAUGUAAGUAAAUGUAAUAUAAAAUACAUGAUGACCAAUGAUGGCGUUUGUCUCCAACGUGGCACAGACCUCCUCCCCGAUAUAACAAUUUUGACGCCAUCUCCGGACAAUUAUGUCGUGCAGAACCAAAGUUAUUUAAUUACCUGGUCGUAUAGCGGGAAUGUCCCUGAUCAGAUAUCGAUAAAGCUCGCUGACGAACGACCAACCAACAAAUCAUUCGCAGGAAACCUCGGAAUCGGAAACGUUGCCACCUCUACGAAACAAUUCAAUUGGACCAUAGGCACCGACAGAGCAGUCGGUGACGACUACGAGAUUAUAUUCAUUAGCAAUUCAAAUGAUACGUCGGCAACCCCGUCUCCAGUAGCACAAAGUGGAAAAUUUAGCAUUAAAGCUGCUGGAACUCCCCCGUCGACCAAUAAGACUUCUAACAGUACCACUAAUGGUGAUAAUAGUAAGAAUAGCACUAGUACCACAUCAGGUGAUGGUGGUGAUAAUAAAACAACGCCAACAAACAGUUCAAAACCAAAUAGCGCAUCAUCAAAUAGUUCCUCAUUUGGUUUUGCAAUCUUCUUGAUUGCUAUCGUUAGUUUCUUACUUCAUCAUUGA